ACUACACGUGCUGAGUUUCGCUAGAGUUUCAGUUUCUUAUUGCUUGUAAAUUUAAAUGGAUUUAUUUUUGUGCAGUUUACUGACUUUGUGGCUUGGCAUCGUUUUUAUUGCACUCAAAUACUGGCAGAAGUUAAACUACUGGAAGAGGCAAAAUGUACCACUUCUCAGUGUUAUGUCACUCAUGUGGCAAUUGAGGAGAAAGCCAUUAUACCAACUGGUGGAUGACAUCUAUAACGAUAUGUGUGCUAAGAAAGAGCCCUUUAGAGUGGUGGAGAUGCUAUUCUUUACGGCGGUCAUUGUACAGGAUCAAGAGGCCAUUAAAAAUGUCUUUAUAUCGGACUUUGAAAAAUUCGCCGAUCGUGGACUCUACAUCAAUCAUCGUGAUCCCCUUUUGUCGCACAUGGGCCGAAUGGAGUACAGACACUGGAAACCUUUAAGGCAGAAAUCGGCACCAGCGUUUUCGGCAUCGCAAACUAAAGUUAUGUAUCCCAUAGUGGCGCAUGUUGGUGAUCGCUUUGUGCAAGUCUUGCAUGAUAUGAUAGCGUCAAAGGUCCCCAACUGCCAGGAAGUGGAAAUGCAUAACUUAUGUGCACGCUUUGCCAUAGAUGCCAUUGGUAGCAUGGCAUUUGGCAUAGAAUGCAAUACCCUUAACAAUAAUGACUCUGAAUUUAGAAAAAUUGUCCUUAAAGCUGUGCGAGAGCAGUUUCGAAUUCCCUUUCAAUUAACAGCGAAAUUAACCAAAAUUUUUCAAGCCCUUAAUCUUAAAUAUCACAGCAAGGAGAGCAUUGACUUCUUUACCAAUUCCAUUAAACAGACCAUGGCAUACCGUGAGAAGCAUAACAUACAGCGUUCUGACUUCUUACAAAUACUAAUGGAAAUGAAGAGAGAGAGUUCCGCUGAAAGCCAGGACGACUCCCCAACCUCCCACAAUAUAGUGGGCCAGGCAUUUCUGUUCUUUGCGGCGGGAUAUGACUCCAUAUCGAGUGCCAUGAGUCAAGCGCUAUAUGAGAUGGCCAAAAAUACUCACAUACAAGCCAAGGCUAGAGCGGAAGUAUUAAAGAUUUUGAAGGAAGAUGAGGGUCAACUAACCUAUGAAGGCAUUCAAAGAUUGAAAUAUGUCAAACAAAUUGUUCUAGAAACUUUACGUCGCUACUCCUUGUUGUUCACCUUGCCUCGAUGCUCUCGUUAUGCAUGUACCCUUAACUCCUCCUCAACAUCUAUAAGGCUUCCACAAAAUACCAUAGUUUUGAUACCAGCUCAUGCUGUUCAAAAUAAUCCUGAAUUUUAUCCUGAACCCGAGAGAUUUCUUCCCGAAAGAUUUGAAAAUGAACUCAAAAAUCGACGACCAGCUUGUAGUUUUCUAGCUUUUGGCGAUGGCCCCAAAAAAUGCCUGGCAGAACAUUUUAGCCUUACGCAAAUUGUAGCUGGAUUAGCUCCACUCUUGUCCAAUUUCCAAUUCUCAGUGUGCGACAGAACACCCAGGGAAAUGGUUUUUGAUAUUGAAAUGUCGCGUUUGAGUAUAGGCUAUAAUGUAUUUUUAAGAGUUGAAAAAUUAAUCAAAUAAGAAG